CGGUUGCCAUGUUGGGACCCACAUUUCCAGACCUGGCCAGAAACGUGAACCGGAACAUCAGCAGCCUUUCCGAAAUCUUCGUGGGCCGAGCCCUGGGCUACUUGUGCGGCUCUGUGGUUGGUGGGGUGCUUUUCGACUGCAUGAAUCAUUUUCUACUUUUAGGAAUGUCAAUGCUGGCUACCACAAUUGGUCUUUAUCUUAUUCCUUUCUGCAAGACAGCAACACUACUGAUUGCCAUGAUGUCUGUAUUUGGCGUCUCGUUUGGUGCCCUGGAUACAGGUGCAAAUGUCCUCAUCUUGAUUCUUUGGGGGGACAAAGGAGCCCCACAUAUGCAGGCCUUGCACUUCAGUUUCGCCUUGGGUGCCUUUCUGGCUCCCCUGCUGGCUAAAUUGGCCUGGGGUACCACAGCAUCUGCUCAGAACCACACUGAGUCCGACUUUGACCCUCUAAUGCUGAACCGAACCUCUGAAGCCGCCACAGACUCUAUGUUCGCGGUACCCGAUGACAUGAAUCUGCUGUGGGCAUAUGCGUCCAUCGGAACCUAUGUUCUAGUAGUUUCUGUCUUCCUGUUCGGUCUGUUUUGUAAGAAACGCUCAAGGCAGAAAAAGUCCUCAAAAAGCGUCUGCUCAGGGAGCUCAAGGGCUAAAUCCAGGGCCCUGCUAUGCCUCCUCUUUUCUCUUCUUCUUCUUCACGUGGGAGCCGAGGUGACCCACGUUUACGUAUUCUCCUUCGCCACCACCCACGUUGGCAUGGAAGGCGAGGCAGCUGGCUUGAACUCCAUCUUCUGGGGGACCUUCGCAGCCUGCAGGGGCCUGGCCAUCUUCUUUGCGACAUGCUUACAGCCUGGGACCAUGAUUGUGGUGAGCAACAUCGGCAGCCUGGCCUCAUCUUUCUUUCUGGUGCUUUUUGACAAGAGCCCUCUUUGCCUCUGGAUCUCGACUUCUGUGUAUGGAGCCUCGCUGGCAACCACGUUCCCCAGUGGAGUUUCUUGGAUUGAACAGUACACCACCUUAACUGGGAAAUCCGCAGCCUUCUUUGUCAUUGGUGGUACUCUGGGAGAAAUGGCGAUUCCUGCAGUGAUCGGAAUUCUUCAGGGACACUACCCAGACCUGCCAGUAGUUCUAUACACAUGUCUGGGCUCAGCCAUAUUCACAGCUGUUUUAUUUCCUGUGAUGUAUAAAUUAGCCAGCUUAGGUCUGUAAUGUGAAUGAAAGGAAAACACAUCAGGGUCAGAACACUCUGCCGUU